AUGUCCUGGCAAGCUGGGUCCUGGGAACUCCCUCGAGUUCAGGAAGAAGAAGGUGGGGCAUGGGAAGGAGGGCGCUUACUCUUGGUUAAACCCCUCAGCCCCGAACUGAGUGAGGCUUGCUCACCAGAAAACCCACCAAAGUUCACGGCGGAGCCCUGGCCCGGCAGCAGCAGUCGAGGUGAUCCCAAUGUUUGUUCCAUCUCAGAUCCUGGGUUUAUUAUUUACUCCUCUGUGGUAUCCUUUUAUCUUCCAUUUGUGGUGACCCUGCUGCUCUAUAUCCGAAUUUAUAUCGUCCUGAGGCAAAGACUGAGGAAGCAAAUCCUCACCAGACAAGGCUGCCACUGUGUCAAAGCCUGUAACAAACAGAAAAAAUGUUUAGAAAGAACAGAUUUGCACCGGGGGGCCUUCAGAUGCCUCUUUAUGCUGCUUUCAAUGCAAGUGUUCAGACCUGAGGAUGCAGCUGAAAAGAAGCCCCUGACACCCUCUGAACUGCAGCAGGAUUGCAGUUUCUGCCAUGAAUCUUCUUUCUCAAGUGCAUGAGAUAAAGAGGCUGUUGACCUAAAGGUGAGGAGAAAAACCAAGGAACAAAACAUAGAAGUGCACAGACUCAACAAUGGCAAAACAGUAACCUCCUUGAAACUGUUAUCUCAGCAGUAUCGAACAAUACAGGUCAAAGAGAGGAAGGCCACCCAAAUGGUAGCUAUUGUCCUUGGAACUUUCAUGGUCUGCUGGCUGCCAUCCUUCUUGACCCACAUACUAAAGACCCACUGCCAAGGUUGUCAUGUGCUCCCAAAGCUGUACAGUGCUACCACCUGGCUUGGAUAUGUCAGCAGUGCCCUCAACCCUGUGAUGUACACCACUUUCAACAAAGAGUUCCGUAAAGCUUUCCUGAAGAUCUUGUACUGCUGA